UUAGUGAAAUUGACAGUGUUGACAUAAUGAGCGAAACAUUGUUGGAACAAAUCAAACAGCAAGGUGAUCUUGUUAGAAAACUUAAAGCAGCCAAAGAACCAAAAAACAAGAUUGAUGAGGAGGUUUCCAAAUUGCUAGCCUUGAAAGCCAAAUUACAAGAUGAAUCGCCUGCACCCGGACCGCAAAAAUUCACACUUAAAACACCAAAAGGUACACGCGAUUUUAAUCCACAGCAAAUGACACUGCGACAAACUGUACUCGAGAAAAUUGUCAGGGUUUUCCAAAAGCACGGCGCAGAAACCAUUGACACACCGGUUUUUGAACUAAAAGAUGUAUUGACUGGCAAAUAUGGCGAAGACUCGAAAUUGAUCUACGAUUUAAAGGACCAAGGCGGUGAAAUUUUGGCACUUAGAUACGAUUUAACUGUACCGUUAGCUAGAUACUUGGCCAUGAAUAAGGUUGCAAACAUCAAACGAUAUCAUAUAGCGAAAGUAUAUAGACGAGACAAUCCAUCAAUUGCUCGUGGUCGUUAUCGGGAAUUUUAUCAAUGUGAUUUUGACAUUGCCGGCACAUACGAUCCAAUGUUACCAGAUGCCGAAUGUGUCAAGGUUGUGUCAGAGAUUCUCAACACUUUGGAUAUUGGCGAUUUUGUGAUUAAACUGAAUCACAGACAACUAUUGGAUGGCAUGUUCGAGGCAUGCGGUGUACCAACUGACAAAUUCCGAACAAUUUGCUCUACAGUUGAUAAAUUGGACAAGAGUCCAUGGGCUGAAGUGCGGCGUGAAAUGAUCGAAGAAAAGGGUUUGGAUGAAACGGUUGCUGACAAAAUUGGUGAAUACGUCCAACUGAGCGGCAACGUUGAACUAGUUGACCAGCUCUUGCAAAACGAGCAUUUGACCAAAGCACCAUCAGCUGUUGCUGGUCUAGAGGCCACUAAACUACUACUGAACUAUUGUAACAUUCUUGGAUUGAAAGACGAAAUUGUGUUUGACCUGAGCUUGGCUCGUGGUCUUGAUUAUUACACUGGUGUUAUUUAUGAAGCCGUUUUAAAAGCCGAACCGCCAGCAGUCAACAAUCAUUCGAACGAAGCUGGGUCAGCCGAAGAGCGCGUUGGAUCGAUUGCCGGAGGCGGUCGUUACGAUAAUCUCGUGGGUAUGUUUGAUCCAAGAAACAAAUCGAUUCCAUGCGUUGGUGUGUCCAUUGGAAUUGAGCGAAUUUUUUCGGUGCUAGAAGCAAAGUAUGCGGCAGAAAAAAUUAAAAUGCGCACUAAGAACGUUGAUGUAUACGUUGCCUCAGUUCACAAAGGAUUAUAUGAAAAACGGCUGAAAAUUACUGGUGAUCUGUGGAAUGCUGGCAUUCGAGCUGAACACUCAUACAAAUUGAAUCCAAAGUUAUUGGUUCAAUUGCAACACUGCGAAGAGUACGGCAUACCAUAUGCGGUUGUUUUUGGUGAUACAGAACUUGAACGCGGCGUCGUUAAACUGCGAGAAGUGUUCUCACGAAAAGAAGAAGAAGUUCAACUUUGCAGUUUGGCCGAAGAAAUUCGAAAGCGAUUAAUCGAAAAAGAGGUCUAAUUUUCAAAUUUCAUUCACCAAAUGAAUAAAACGGAAUACGAUUUUAAUUGCGCAUUUUCACCAAACUAUA